CUUUGCUCCUGACCCUCACUACGUACUCUCGUUGACCUUUUUCAUCAUGAAAGAGACUGCGUCAGAUCCAGCGAGUAUUUCACAUCCGCGCAAGAAAGCGCGGAAGGAUCGAUCGUCGAGGAAACGCGCGCAAGCUGCGGCUGCAGCCCCUUUGCCUUCAUCGCACUUCCUGAAGUUACCGUUCGAGUUGCUGGCUGAGGUUUUCCAAUACGCCAAGUGCCCAAGGACGGUUCUGUCCGCAUCCCGAUGCAACAAAUAUCUCUACAACACCCUCAAGCGUCCUGAAUCAGCGUUCAUUUGGCGUUUCGUCAGGAACAAUUGUCUGCCCGAGGCGCUGCCGGAUCCUGCGCCGAUGAAUCUGACGGAGCCCGUGUACGCGGCAAUGGUGUUUGACGGGGGGCCUUGCACGAAUUGUGAGGAACACACCUUCAAUCUGUACUCCUCUUGGUCUAUUCGCGCCCGAUUCUGCAACCGCCCUAAAUGUAUGAAUGAAUGGGCCGAGAACAACGUCCUGAUAGCCUACCAACCCAAUGCUCUGGAUCGCGGGUCGCAAAAAGCGCUGACCUGGAUCCCUCUCUUGGAAUCCGAUGCGUGUCUGGACCUACACAAGCGGAAAAUUUGGACACAUCAUCCUUCUCAGCUGUGGCCUCGCACGAUGGCCUACCUGAAGAAAGACAUGGACACUGCGUUGGCGGAGCUUCGCUCGGCAAACGUCGACGUGGUGGAAGCGAGACACAAGGAUGAGAUCUUAAGACAGUCCCUCAGGAUGCCAUUCUUUGUGGCGCUAUGGGAAUGGAGGAAAAAGAGAGCCGAUAAAGCCCUGGAUGUCAAGAUAUAUAACGAUGCAUUUGGAAAGGCAUUGGCUGCGAAAGAAGGGUAUGUGUACGGCGAUCUGCUGAAUGCGUCCAUCACAUACAACAACCUAUAUCAUCAACGAAGGGUGAACUUGGAACUGAUCACCACGCUUGACUACAACGUCCGAGCAGCCAAGAUCGAAGCCGAAAUGUUAUCCUUCAAAGAACGAAACGAACGAAGAAGUGUCGAGGCUUCUAGGAGAGCAAAUGCCGAAGCAGUGACGAAGCAUCAUGAACGUCUCUUGACGGAUGCUCUUGCUAGGGCACCUCGACUAGCGCUUCCUACGCUCGCCCAUUUCCGGACGUUCCCGAUUAUCCAGACGAUGUACAGUCCGACGGGGAAAGCUGCCGACAUGAAUCUGAAAGGGGACAAUGUCGUGAAUCAGAUGAUCACAUCAGCGUUGGAAGUCUGGCGAGCUCAGGUCCAGGAGCAGUUCGGUGCGAUGCUGGGUUUCUCAAAAUGGAAAACUGCGCGAAGCAAUCGACUUCAUCCAACCAUGCGCGUCACUGCGCGUUGGAUUUGCACCAAGUGCCACUUUUUCCCGAAGAGUUACGCCAAGGAUCGCUGUUUUGACUUUUUCGGAGCUUGCCAGCAUGAGUGCAGCAAGACUGGGAAGCGCGGCCACUCGACGUGGAGUGUGGAGCAGUUCGCCAAGGACGAUCGGGCCGUCAAUGCGGUGACCAAAGCUGUAGAGUUGUGCGAGAUCGAUGCAGCUGACCGCAGUGCUCCCCUGUUGAUGGACAUCUUCGGAGCUCGUAUCCUUUGCUUGUCUUGCCCGGUCCCAAUCGUCAUGCAUCCAUUAGCAGUCAUUGGCCACAGCCAUCGACACGAAGCGAUGGAGAUGUCGCUUCUCAGCGAGUCAGAGGCAAACGCUAUCCUCGUAGCACCGGUCGAUAAAGGCUUGGGACUCAAGGUCAUGCGGGAUCAUCUCGAGCCAUUGGCCAAGCGCGACGAACAGUUGUAUGGAUGCCGACACUGUGUUCAGGGAAAACCCGAUCCCAAGAAUGGGCAUGAGCGUAGAAAGCUACAAAAGCGACUUGUCAACGGAUUGCGGUCGCACCUGAAAUCCUCGUCAGUCCGACUCCUCUUUUUUUCAUACAAGAAGCUUAUACAGCUUAGACAUGGUAUCGACGUUUUGGGGGAUGAAGAUAUUUACCUCAUACCCAGUCAAAACCGUGACCGCACUUGCUACUAUCACGAUACUCGAAUUGGCAUACUCAGUGCCGCCAUUUGCUCCAUGCCUGUCCGAGUGCUCGUCUUCGUCAAGCGUCUACCGCACAUCUCAUUUGAAGACUUCGAUGCCCAUUGGGCGAACAUACACGGUCCGCUGUUUGCGGCACUCUCAGCCGUCCAGACAGGCAAGGUCAAAUACAAGCAGUUCCAUGUGGAUCCCGCGAUGAGCGAAAACCUCGCCGCCGCCGGGAUUACCGUGGCUACUUACGACGGGAUCUCGGAGUUUGAAGCGGAGAGUUUGGAUGACAUUCUCAGCACUUUCAAAUCGGAAGAAUACAAGCAGAAUGUUCUCCCUGACGAAGCCAACUUCUUCGAGAGGACCAGCGUCCAGCUCCUGGCCGGCAAAACGAAAGCCAAGUUUUAGAACAGUUCUGUGAUCCACAUUGUUUCAUUUGUUGUACAUAUACAUUGAAUCUGGGUAGUUUUUACGAG